AUGGAUUUUGAUAAAAUUAUCGAUCAAUUCGCUGACAGAAACUGUUGUUGUACUAACCAACACUGCAAACAUGUUCGCGGUGUUUGUUAUUUAGAUGAAGACGAUGAAAGCAGUUUUAAACGUCGUUUUUGCGGUACUUGUAGAAUGGGUAUGUUCUACGAAAGCCAACAUCAACACGAAUAAGAGGAACAAGAAAAACUUAAAGACUUGCAUAAGGGUCAUCAAUUUGUAUUCACAGGUUUUGAAAUGCAAAUGAACCUGCCACUCUACCAAUACAAACAUUUAAACUCAGGCAGAACCUUUAACAGCUGUCUUAUGUGUGGUGAUGAAGCCAGCAAAGAAUGGUUGAAAAUGAAAGAGAAAGAAGGGGAAACAUUUGUAUACCAGCGGACAAAAGCCGGCAUGAACUCAAAACAUGAACCCAUAUUAAAACGGGUAGAUAAAACACCCAUAAAAGUGGAAAAGAACACCGGCGUGUUAAAAGGAGUUAACCUUAAACAACCCACGCUUGAAGAAAUACUUUUUCUUGACACUGAUUUCAAACGAUAA